AGCGACCUUCCGUUAUCGUCCACUGCUUCGACUUCCAUCGUGAACCUCCAACAUGACGGCAACACACAUCGUCCCACCAUCUCCUACAUUGCACCAACCUACUAGACCUAUCAUCGUUUGAUAUGCCAUGACACUUCUCUAGUUGAGAUUCCUACUCAGAUUUGGAACAUUACCCUUCAAGAUCGGCCUCAAAGUCUUUACCGCGUUCCUCGUCGUGCGGGCGAUCCUCAAAGCCAUGGCCGCCAACCUCCGCGACCUGACGCUGUACCUGGUGGUGCUGAUAAUCGUCAGCACCCUCGGUCCUCUUCAGUUUGGUUUCCAUUUGGCAGAGUUAAACGCCCCCGAAGACGUCAUCACCUGCCGCAAAACCUCCAUCUCCUCGACCAUCUCCAACCUGCUUUCCUACGUCAAGAACUCCUCAAACGAUGUCGAUUGCAUCCCCAUGACCCGCCCCCAAUUCGCUACCGUCUCGGCCAUCUUCACCAUCGGCGGUCUCUUCGGCGCCCUGAUCGCCGGGCCCUUCACCUCCGCCCGAGGCCGUUGGCUCUCCAUGCAGCUGACAGCCGCUUUCUACAUCGUCGGCUCUCUAGUCGAGACUCUCUCCCACUCCGUCCCCGUGCUUUCGACAGGCCGUUUCCUCACCGGUGUCGGUGCCGGAGCCAGCACGGUCAUCGUCCCCCUUUACAUCAGCGAGAUCGCGCCCCCCGCGCAGAGAGGGUUAUUCGGUGCUUUUACCCAGAUCAGCAUCAACCUCGGUAUCUUGAUCUCGCAGACCCUAGGAUAUUUCUUGAGUCACGAUUCAGCCUGGAGAUGGAUUCUGGGGUCCGGAGUGGUGGUGGCGGCUGCUCAGGGAUUCGGACUGCUGUUGGCGCCCGAGAGCCCAAAGUGGACAGCGAGCGCUAAGGGCGACGUCGCGCAGGCGAGGAGGACACUCCAGCGCAUUCGGGGCAAGAACGCCAACAUCGACGAGGAAGUCGAGUCUUGGGGCCAAGGAAGUGGGAGACCUACUAGCGAGGAGGAAUCCCUCCUCCACAGCGUCGAAGACCGCAUGGAAGGCCUUUUGCGCAGAGACACCUCCUCUCGCUCUAACUCCCCAUCCCCUUCCACGUCUUCCCGUCCCCACCCGCACAAGGCCAGCAAACCCCAUCUCGGGUUCGUCCAGGUUUUGAAGGAUUCCAAUACCCGACCCGCCAUCAUCGCCGUGGUAGGCAUCAUGUUCGCCCAACAACUCUGCGGCAUCAACUCCAUCAUCAUGUACUCGGUCUCCCUCUUCCGGGACCUGCUCCCCCCUUCCUUUUCCUCGGGCCUCCUCACCAUCUGCAUCUCCAUCAUCAAUCUAGGCACUACUACUGCCUGCUCGCCUCUCCCCGACAAGUUCGGCCGCAAGGCUUGUCUCUUGGCUUCUACCAUCGGCCAGGGCCUGUCGUCUCUCGUCCUUGCUCUCUCCAUCAUGUUCGGCGUCAAGAUCCUCUCAGCCAUAGCGGCUCUUUUCUUCGUGGCCUUCUUCGCCGUCGGGUUGGGCCCGGUGCCGUUUAUCUUGGCCAGCGAGCUCGUGGGUGAGGAGGCCGUGGGUGCUACGCAGAGUUGGGCGUUGGGGGCGAGUUAUGUUGCUACUUUCUUGGUGGCAUUUGGGUUCCCGGUGGUGAAUGAGGCGUUAAACAGGGCUUUGGGAGGUGCUGGAUGGGUUUACUUUAUCUUUGCUGGGAUGGCCGCAUUCUGGGCCUUGUUUAUUGUGAAGAUUGUGCCGGAGACGAAGGGGAAGGCGAGCGUGGAUGAGGUUUGGGGACGUACUAGGCGUGUGGACUGAGUGGUGGGUUGAUGAGCUGGGCGUUUGUGUUGUGCGUUUGCGUGUUGUUUUGGACGGCAGAGUUUUGUGCAUUGCUGAGAGUAUACCUAGGCAUUCGUCGUAUAAGUGAUGUGUUAUUCCUCUUCU